CUCUAUGCUCCCUACUCAAGUACCAUGUCACUUUCUAGUUUAUUGUAUUAUUAUAAAUAAAAUGAAAAUAUUCAACUUUAGCGCUUAAAAUAAAAUUUAAACAACGUUACGUUACUCGUUAUAUAAUUAAGUUAUGCUAAGUUAAAUAAUGGAUUUUCAAAACAUCAAUUAUUUAGUUCUUUUGACUGUUGUCAUUAAUGUGAUUACAUGUGAAAGACUUCAUGAACAAAUUUACUCACCAAUAGAAGGUGGAGCGGCAUGUUUCAGAAGACUAAAUGGAACUCAUCAAACAGGAUGUUCAUCUUCUCUCAGCGGUACAGUUGGAAUUGUUGAAAUGAUUCAGAAUGUCUCUGAUGCUCAGUGGCUCGUGCACAAUUCUAGUGCUGGACCUUACAUGGCAGUUGUGAGCACAUGGUUGUUCUAUGAUAUUAUUGAGAUAUUGAUGCAUCAUCCAGAAAAUGUUGCCGGUGUGUUACUGUAUGACAAUGUGACUAUGAGACCGGAUGCUUUCAGUCAAGAAUCUCGUUGUCCUAAUGAAUAUGCAUCAUGGUCUAAAAGCCAAUGUUCCUCCACUGAAACUCCAAGUGGCACUGGAUUGGUGUGGAAUGAGAAAGGCACAGACCUUUUAAGAAGGGACAUUCCAUUUCCUAUAUUUUUUCUACCACAAACAAGGAUAACAGAAAUUUCUAAAAUUGAACAGUGUUAUAACAGGUACAAUAUUGACAAGGAUAACCAAAAAGGAAGAGCCCUCUGUUCAUUGCAAUUAAGCUCAUUUAUGUAUGCAGCGGUCAACAGUAUGGUUUGUUUAAGGAGAUCCGCAUCAUCUGCUAUUCUAACACCAACUAAAGUGUGUGAUCCUCUUGGUGAUUACAAUGUCUACUAUUCACUUUUCCCUCGUGCAAAGGAAGCUGAAUCGAAAAAGAAACCAGUGACUUUGGUAACAGCGCGAAUUGACUCUGCCUCUUUAUUUGACGGUGUUGCCCCUGGUGCGGCUAGUUCAGUGGUGGGGAAGGUGUCGCACAUAGUUGCUGCGGCAACUCUGUCUCAGAUUAUUCCUAUUACUGAUGUCAACUUAUAUGAUGAAAAUGUUUUAUGGACAUUAUUUAAUGGUGAAUCCUUCGAUUAUAUUGGAUCACAGCGGGUCGCAUAUGAUAUAGCUAGAGGGGCUUGGCCACCGAUUUCCCCUCUUUCUCCAAAAGAUAUAAGUUUGCAUAUUGAACUUGGCCAAUUAGGCGGAUCUCUGAAGUUAUUUAAAGAAAACACCUCUUGGCCGUUGUACGCGUUUGCUCCAUAUGAAAAUGUUUUACCAGAUCAGGCAACUGCGUUCUUAGUUCAAAUGGAAAAUAAUUUGAGUGCUAAAAAUAUGACGGUAACUCCAAUAUUUACUACGAAUAUACCACCUUCAUCCUUACAUUCUUUCCAACGAAUAUUUAGCAAUGUUACGGAAAACGAUUUGCCAGAAUUGUUGCUUGCAGACUUUCGUGAUACUUUCUCUAACAAAUUCUACCAGUCUGCUUUAGAUGAUUAUGAAAAUAUUGGAUUUACGUACCACAAUAUUAGUAUUGGCAGUGAUGGUAAAUUUUUAUCAACGGAUGAGCUAUUAGCCAAUGGGACAAUGAAGGAGAGUGAGGCGCAGGUAAAAAUUGCAAGAGUAGCGACUGCUCUCGCUUACACACUCUAUCAAAGAGUCACGGGCAAACCUUACACUGGAACCGUGUCGGCUUCUGCUCAUUUGGUGGACGAGAUGCUCUACUGCUUCCUGCAAAGCCAGGCUUGCCGGCUACUGGCCGCGGCGGACUACGGCUCGAGUGAGGAGACCCCCGCGGAGCGGCCGGUCCCACUGUACGUGGGCGUGGCGACCUGGGCCAGUACACCCGCUGUGUAUGCCGGACACCUGCUGGCAUUGCUCACUGGAACCCACAGAGCAGUCAACAGAACUGCCUGCGACCAGCUCCACGAACCGGGAUUUUCGUACUACUGGCUGAAAGGAUGGAAUCAUAGCGGUAUCUGCAUCCAGACUACAAUGAACUUCAGUCAAGCCAUUAGUCCAGCGUUUGUCAAAGCGGAUUACGAUAUGACGUCGGGCGAGUUUUCAACGUGGACGGAGUCGGUUUGGCAAGCCAUGUGGGCGCGGGUGUUCGUGUCUGCGGGUGGGGGGGGAGCGCGCCUCGCCGCCGUCGCGGGAGUGCUCGCCACCAGCGCCGCCGCACUGCUCACCUUCUGGCUGCAGCGACACGCCACCCUCAUAUUCCUGGAUGCACCCGCCUCCCUCCACAGCGAUGCCUCAGGGAUAAUAAGAACAGUAAAUUGCUGAGAAGUAGUAUGAAAAUGAAUGCUGGGAAUAAUAAUAAUAGCUAACGUAAAGUAACCAUAAAGGGAAAGCAUUCCACAUCACUAAUUUUGUUUAACGCUUAUAGAUAGUCGCAUUCGAAUUAAUUAUAAUUUAGAUAAAAGACAUAGUCAAAAUUGUAAAUUAAAUAGAGAAAUACCGGACCUCA